AUGUUAAUUCCUUGGGAGAUUUCAUCGGAAGCGGCGAACAUUCAGACGUUCAUCUUGACCGAACUAAACGGCUCACUCCCCAGUUUUAUAGCUAACCCUUAUACGCGAAACCGCCGUCAAGUCAUCACGAAAUCGAUCUCGAAAUCGCUGCAAACUGUUGCACCUCCGACUUCAUUAGAUUGGGUGGUACAAGGUCGUGUAACUGCAGUAAAAGACCAGGGUCAAUGCAGUGACUGUUAUGCAUUUGCCACCACGGCAGUUAUGGAGGGACUAGUGGCAAGCAAAACGGGGAAGUUGUUGAAUUUAAGUUCACAAGAAAUAACCGAUUGUUCACAAAAAUAUGAACUACAAUAUUUUGGAGCAGGUAAGGUCAGUAAGAACUUUCUUUUGUGAAACUACCAGUCUAUAAUUCUGAAUGAAAAGAAGAGUAGAAGAAAAAUGCGGUAAACCUCUUUCCAGCUGUCCUGUUUCUCCGGCUCCUAAUGGGCUUAUGAAAUGUUCUGCAAGCUUCGUUGAAAAUGCCAAGAAAUAUAAACAAACAAGCUCCCGAGUAUAACAGGGCAUAUUUUAUCGUAGCAUCAGUUAUCCUCUUGGUUUUCACUAUUUAUUCAUUUACAAAUAGAAUGAUUCGUGACUACUUAUCGAAUAACAUUUUAAUCUAAACAACAAAAGACAACGAAAAAAUGAAACUUUAUCUUUUGAUGUUAAAAAUUAAUUCCUGCACCUAUUAUAGUUUACUCGUUUUGGGAAGACUUGAUUGUUGUUGCUCGAGGGAAUAACGGCUCUUUGGGUCAAAAUAGCCGUUUGAUAGGUCAGAUCGUCCUAUAAUAGCCUACGCAACUACCAGGUCAUAGGUUCCAUGAUUCGGACGCCACAGGAGCUCCCCGAAUGCCUACCUAACAGACCAAGAGAGGUGAA